AUGGUUUAUUUGAGUUGGCUGUCGAAGACUCCAAAAAUAGACGAGAUAAGUGGAUUUGAAGAGUACAUCAGAAGAGAAAAGGAAGAGUCUGUCCGCAUAAUGAAAAGGCGGCUGAAAAGAGGAAAAAACAGUGAUAGGCAGAUAGCAGAGGAUACACUAGGUUUAGCAAACAAAUUAUAUGUAAAAGGCGAUUUUUCUGCUGCAAUUAGCAAAAUAAAAGAAGCGCUUACUUAUCACAGCACCAGUGAUAAUGCCUAUUACUUACUGGGCGUAAUAUAUGAAGAACAGGAAGAGACAGAAAAGGCAUUUAAUGCAUUUUUAAUUGCUGCUAGCAUAAAAAGAAGUGACAUAACUCUUUGGAGAAAAUUGUAUGACUACAAAAAAAGAGAGAACGAUUUGGAGUACCAAGUAUAUAUUCUUAAAAAAAUUAAGAAAUUAAAAACAAGCACAGAAACGCUACAAGACCUUUUAACGAUAUAUAAAAAACAAAAUAACCUUGAAAAAGUAUUUGAGACUAAAGCAGAGAUGAUGGGACCAGAGUUUCCUGCUGAGGUUAUUUUUGAAGUAUUAAGUAAUGUGCGCCUACUUAAGAACAGAAGUAGAAUUAUUGAGAUAAUUAGUAGAGCAUUGGAUAAAGAAAAAACCUUUUCUUUACUUUCUGACGGGUUUAUAAUUGGAUAUAUUGACUUAUUAUUUGUUGAGAGUAAGUAUCAUUUGCUUUCACAGUUGAACAAUUCACUGGUUUAUUGCAGGAAGAGUGUGGUGUGUAUUCGGUCACAGAUUAUUCUGUUUUUUUCUGUUAUAUUCUCUGAGAUUAUAAAUAGAUGCCAGUCUUGUGCUGGGCAUAAUUUGUGCACAUGCAGAGACAUAGCAGACAUCGAUGCCUCACAUAACAUUCUUAUUGAGACAACUAAAAAAACUUCGAUAAUUAACGUAAACUUUGAUGUAAAUGUGAUUUCUGAUCCUAUCCAUCUCUCGCUGACAGGAUAUUUAGUGGAUAUUCUUAUUAAAAUGAGAAAGUAUAAACUAUCUGUUAAACUGCUUAUAAUGAUAGACAAGUGUGCAGAUUCUUACUUGGCAAGAGAGGAAUAUACGGAUGAAAUAGGGCUAGUAAAGGAUAGGGUUAUAGCUGAAAGCAUAAAUAUUAAAAAAAGAAUAGGACUAGUGUAUGAUAAGCUAAGAGACUAUGACAAGAGCAUCAUGCAUUAUAAACAAAUUCUUAGUACAAAGUAUUCAGAAUCACUGCAGAGUGUGCUGGAAGAAGUAAAGAUGAGAAUAUCUGAGAUAUAUAAGAAAAUAGGAAAUAUUGACUUGGCGCUGGAGUACGCCCUGCAAAUACAGACCAGUACAAUUACUGAAGGAAUUCAAAGAGACGGUUUGUUAUUUUAUAAAGAAAUUGACUGCAUGCGAAUGCGGUCCUUGAUGUAUAAAGCCAUGCACAUAUAUGAAGAGCAAAACAUACACGACCAGUCAGUUAGAAAAUACUUUAUAAGUUCAGCACAGGAGCUAGUCAUGUUUCUAUUAAAAAACACAUUUGUAUUUGCUCCAAAGAAAAAGAAAAGAAAUCUACUAGAAAGUGACCAUAUCCCAGAAGAGCAACUAAUUGGGGUGAAAGAGUUUGAGACUGAUUACGAGCUACUUCAUGAGAUAAAUGGACUGGGGAAAGUGUUUACAAAUGAGUUGUCAGAAGAAGUAAUCCUUGGUAAGAAAAUCUACUUUGAUGUAAUAUCUUCUCUUCUUGGGGGCCUGACUGUGAAAGAGUGGUCUACAGUUAUACGCAGAUACAUCACAGCACUAUACUAUGAUGGAUCAUACGACCUCUCAAUUCUUCUUCUUAGAAAGGCUCUUACAUCCCCAGCACUUCGCAGCUUAUUUGAAGAGUAUACUGGGCUCUUGUGGCUUCUGGUCAGAGUAUCAAAAGAUGCCAAGGAUAUUGAGUCUAUGCACUGGGGGAUUACAAAUAUAAUCAGAUAUUAUGCCCAUAGAAAUAGCGUAGACUCCGUAUCCUUCUAUUAUAUGUGCUACUUUUUGAUCAGCCAGAUUCCUAAAUUUCACAGAAAGUCAGAGUACUACAAGUUCCAGAAGAAUGUUCAGAGGAAUCUCCGGCGAAAGAAUCUUUCCCGUAAGAAGAGCACUCAAGACAUUCUUACAAUUAUGUGCUUUUCAUAUAUGCCUAGCUUUAUAUACACUUAUACAGCAGAAAGACUUGAAAAAAAUGUGGAAGGCUCUGUGCACCCGUAUAAAGACAUGCCGCUAAUUGAUAUAACCAGAGCUAUUGCUCUUUCUUCUCUUUUUCUUACACACGCAUCCAGCAGAAAAGUAGUGGACAGAGACAGAUACAUAAAAAAAGGCAUAAAAAUCCUAAAGGAUCAUGUAUUACUCUUUAAGUCCGUAUAUAGGCACCAACAGAAUGCAGUUCGCACAGAUGUCGAGAAUGGCUUAAUUAUAUACACAGUAAAUAUAACUAAAAAUGGAUUACAAGACAUAACAUAUACAGAGGACAAUCCAACAGAAAAGCUCGGUCUUUUACUAUAUAACCUUGGAAGGGCCUUCCACCAGUACAAGCUAUACGGUCUGGCAGAGCUAUACUACAUAGAGUCGGUAAAGCACACCACAAACAAAGAGCUCUUAAUACUUCUACAGAUAAACACGUCCCUUCUUGGUAAGCAACUAAAGGUACAAAUAGGGCCAGCGGCACUCAAUGCAUAAGUUUUUAUAUAGACUCACUGAGUAUAACUUUUUAUUUCUAGUGCCGGAUACUCCGCUAUCCUCUAUGCUUAAUUUAAUAAUUAU